AUGCGUGUUCACUUGGCUGCUCUGAUCGUUUCGGGGUUCCCUUUUGCAUCGACCGCUGCAGUUCUCCACAUCAGCGAGCCCGGCUCCCUCCGUAUAAACACCAAUGGAGUCGGUCCCGUUCGACGGCGACUACAGCCGGACCCGAGCGAUGGCGAAGAGAGAGAAGGAAUUCCAGCAGCACUAGAAGCGCACUUGACCGAGCAUGUUGCACUCACGACGUUUGGCUUGGAAAAGAAGUCAGCAGCUCCUUUUGCUUGGCCCCAUCGUAUCGCACGAGACUCGGACAUUCCUCUUGACUAUAAGCGCAUCGUCUACGACUAUGCCUCGACCUAUGAGGUGGAAGAUUUGCGUUCGAUGAAAAGGCUGACGACAACGUACGGCGACGUCGUGGUGGCGGAGACGAUCAAUGCGCUGAAGAGCGCCGAGAGCAAGGUCGUUCUUGAUUUCGCGGCCGAAAUGCAGCGCAAGCAGCUUCGGUUGUGGAAGGAGGAGGGGCUCGAAUCUGACGGCCUGUUUGAGCUCCUCAAGCUCAACGAACGGUUUCCGAAGGAAGAUGUGCACACCAGCCCGUCGGCAAGACUUGCCUCGCUUCUCAACGACCCGAUCUUUGCAAGUUGGAAAGCAUUUGUUCACUACUGGAACAACGUUGACCCGGUGGGAACGAUGAUCGAGACGCUGGUGAAGUACUACGGCGACGACGAACUCGUGAAGAGACUCGCUAACGUUAAAGAUGUCGAGGAUUCGAAGGACGUGGCUAUGAAGCUCGGCAAGGUGCAGAACCUUCUCGACAGGAUGGACCGACAGAAGAAUCCGAAGGAGUACGCCACCUGGGAGUCCCUCCGGGAUUUCUAUGGCCUGCACCUCAAGUUGUUCCGAGACGCAGAAUCGCAGACACGCCACGACGUCCCGAAGUGA